ACCGUGGUUAUAGAUUGACUCCAUGAACAAUGUCGGGUGUAUUGACUAAAGUCCUCCCCAUGACCAUAAAAAGCGUCACUCUACAAAGUCCCCUUGGAAAUCCCAGUGGCACUCUGCAGGAGAAUGGGGAACAGUUCGGAAGAUUUGUCUCAAACCAAGAAUGGAAAUGCAGCUUCCGCCCGGCACGAGGGGAUCCCCGAAAUCAUCACCGAGAACUCGUAUGGGAAGGAGCCGGAGAGCGAGGACAAGCGCCAAGCCACAGGCACAGGGAGGGAGCAGAAAGAAUUCGACAUGAUCUAUAAAAUUGAAGACGUGCCCCCAUGGUACCUCUGCAUCCUGCUCGGCUUUCAGCACUACCUGACCUGUUUCAGUGGGACGAUCGCUGUCCCGUUCCUCCUGGCAGAGUCCCUGUGUGUGGGAAAGGACCAAUACACGGUCAGCCAGCUCAUCGGCACCAUCUUCACCUGCGUCGGGAUCACCACGCUGAUCCAGACCACGCUGGGGAUCCGACUCCCCCUGUUUCAAGCAAGCGCACUCGCCUUUCUGGUUCCUGCCAAGUCCAUCCUGGCCCUGGAGAAAUGGAAAUGUCCCCCAGAAGAGGAGAUCUACGGCAAUUGGACGUUACCACUGAACACAUCUCACGUGUGGCACCCGAGGAUGAGAGAAAUCCAAGGGGCGAUCAUCGUGUCCAGCCUGGUGGAAGUGGUGAUCGGGCUUGUGGGGCUGCCAGGAGCACUGCUCAGCUACAUUGGACCUCUCACCGUCACUCCCACCGUCUCCCUGAUAGGACUGUCAGUCUUCCAAGCUGCGGGGGACCGCGCAGGAUCGCACUGGGGCAUUGCAGCAUUAUCCAUUUUUCUGAUUGUUUUAUUUGCCCAGUACCUGCGAAAUGCGACCUUUCGGCUGCCUGGUUACAAAUGGGGGAAAGGCUGUAUUGUGUUCAGGCUACAGAUCUUCAAAAUGUUCCCGAUCAUCCUGGCCAUCAUGGUGGUGUGGCUGCUGUGCUAUAUUUUAACACUGACGGAUGUUUUCCCACGCGAUGCUGAGGCAUAUGGCUACAAGGCCAGGACAGACGCCAGGGGGAAAAUCAUGUCAAUUGCACCCUGGUUUCGCCUACCGUACCCUUGUCAGUGGGGCUUGCCCACCGUGACGGCAGCGGCUGUGUUAGGGAUGUUCAGCGCUACCCUGGCUGGCAUUAUCGAGUCCAUCGGGGAUUACUACGCCUGUGCCAGGCUGGCAGGGGCUCCGGCGCCACCCAUCCACGCCAUUAAUAGAGGCAUUUUUACAGAGGGGAUCUCCUGUAUCAUAGCUGGGCUGCUGGGAACGGGCAACGGCUCCACAUCCUCAAGUCCCAACAUCGGUGUCUUGGGCAUCACAAAGGUGGGCAGCAGAAGAGUGGUGCAAUAUGGAGCUGGGAUCAUGCUUGUUUUGGGAACCAUUGGCAAGUUCACGGCUCUGUUCGCCUCUCUCCCUGACCCUAUCCUCGGAGGGAUGUUCUGUACAUUAUUCGGCAUGAUCACAGCUGUUGGCCUUUCCAACCUGCAGUUUGUUGACAUGAACUCCUCCCGCAAUCUUUUCAUUCUGGGAUUCGCAAUGUUUUUCGGGCUGACGUUGCCAAACUACUUGGAUUCGCGCCCCAAUGCCAUUAACACAGGUGUUCCUGAAGUGGACCAAAUAUUAACAGUGCUGUUAACAACAGAAAUGUUUGUUGGGGGUGGCAUUGCCUUCAUAUUGGACAACACCAUUCCAGGGACACAGGAGGAGCGUGGGCUGGUUCAGUGGAAGGCCGGAGCACAUGCAGACAGAACCACAGCUGCAAAUUUGAAAAGCUACGAUUUUCCAUUUGGAAUGAGCGUGGUAAAAAGGAUACAGUGGUUGAAGUAUGUGCCAGUAUGCCCUGUUUUCAGGGGAUUUAAUUCAAGAACAAAAAGGAAUUGUGACACAAUGGAAAACGUUCAAGAAAACACAGACAACCUGUUCAUAUGUACUAAGGUCUGAAAGACUCCUGUAAUGUGACAGGCGCAAGUCGUUCAGUGCCAGUUAGGUACGAUGUACCAUAGUUCUAGUUCAUAGGUUACUGAAGGAAGACCAGGCCUGGAGAGUUGUGUCAAACGGAAGAGGAGAGAACAUGAGGAUCAGUUCAUAGGGGUUCCCCCAUAAUUUUGAUUCAUGACCCCAUGGAGUCUACAAAGGGAAACACACCCUAGUUUGAGUCAGUCAUCUUUCCCUGUGCUGUCCAUUCAGUCUAAGCAUGUGUGACAGCUGUUGCCUGCUUACUCUUGAGAUAGCUCAAGCCUUCAGUAUUGUACAUCUGGCUAGUGUGUGUCAUUCUAACAAACCCAAAACCUCAAAACAGCAGAGUUGUGGCUGGAGUGACUUCUAACCAACUUUUGCAGCUUCCAACUCUCACCCCAAAUUGGUUUAAGAUUUGUACAAAACUUGGCUCAGAUUUGCUGGAAUGCUCAUGAAUCUAGGCAAAACUAGCCCAAGUUUUACACAGCUCAACUGGUCAUCCUGUGUAAUAAACUGCUAUCCAGACACACUGGGCUAAAUUCAUUUCUGGUGUAACUCUAUAAACUUCAGCAGAAUUAUACCAGGGAUUAAUCUGGAUCAGCGCGGCCACCAUGGCACACUUAAUAUGGACAUAAUGUAUUUGAUACAUUAAUAUUCCAAAUCACUUGUUUCUCUGUGUUUUUAUUGACAGUGGAGAGAACUGCCCCUUAUAUUUGCCUCACUAGUCCCGCAACGUAACUCCGGAAAAGUUUAUGUUGGAUAGCUCUGCUACACCGAUCCAUCUUUCCUAUUGCCUGUUACACGGAGUAUAAUGAGAUCUUAAAUAAUUGUUAAUUAUACCCAAGGAUGAAUAGACAAGUUCAUUUUCUGAACUGCCUUGGCUCUGCAGGGCUAACAGUAACGUUGCGUCCCUGAUAUAAAUUGACUCUGAACACAGAUCAGUUGAAUAUUGCCUUUGUGCACAGUCACUUUCCAGAAUUGCCUAGUGGGAAUUUUUUGCAAGAAACCAUGACCAAGUCAUACCUGUGAACGCAUCUCCCUAGGAACUGGAAUGCACAAGCACUGCAGCUUGACUGGACUGAAUAUGGGUAUGUUUAAUGCAAAGGUGAUCCCUCCCUGGAUCUUGAUGAAGUGCCAUUAAUACCAAAAUGCAGCUUGUGACUGGAUAUGCAAGUGUGCUUGGGCUCCCUUGCUGAUGAGUGAUAGGAUCUAAAAGGGGAGGGCCUCUAGGUGACUGACUAGCAACGCUCCCAGAGAACACCCACUGCCACUUUGAAUAUCAUUAAUAAACUUCUCAAACUCCA